CCAUCAUUCAACGAGAUUUCAUCAUACACUACAAGGAACCUAAAGCUAGAUUCUGGAAACACUUUAGUAAUUCCUGAUAUCGUUAGGACUAUGAUCCAUUCAAAUUUGAUCAAACUUUACAAUGCUUAUUGCACUAGUAUCAACUUUGAGCCUCUAAGUGAGUCGACUCUAUAUGAAGUGCUAAAUGCAUGCAGUGCCUCAAAACGGAACUGCCUGAAAGGACUUGAUAACAUUGCAGUUGAUGGUUCGUCAGCUUUUGACAGUCUGAGCAGCUUAGUAGAUAAGCUUGAUGAACCUCAACAAUGGAAAAAAGAAAUGAAGGAGAAGCUGUUUAAUGCACGACUGUACUUGAAGACUGACUACAAACUUCACAUCAAGCGAGAGGAUGAAUGUGCUUUCCACUGCUUACAAUAUGCACUGAGUGACCCCAAAUCAAGCCUUCUUGGUGUUACAUGUGAUCAUGAACAUAACCAAAACUGUAGCAGAUGUUAUAUAUUUGGUGAGGCUGUGACAGAAAUCCGUGAGGUCAUCAUAAAGACUCCAUCAGAAGAGCAAGAGGUAUUUUUGCAAGAUUUAGAAAUGUCCAUUACCCAAGUAGAAGACUGGAGAUCUCAUAUUGUAAGAACCGUGAAUCAGGAUGAUGGAAGAAUAGACGUUCUGCAUGACCUGAAGAACAAUGAAGUCCUAGUGAUUUUAGACUGGGCAAUGAAGUACUUGCCACAGAUGUACCGGGAGAAAAUGAAAGACUUCUUUGGUCAGAAAGGUGUACACUGGCAUGUAUGUGUUGCAGUUUUCAAGGAUCAAAAUGGAAGUUUGGUGCACAAGACAUUUACUCACAUAAUGGAUUAUGUGAAACAGGACUUCUUUGCUGUUAUUUUAUUACUAGAACAUACACUAGUAACCAUUAAACAACAUAUGCCAAACAUUACGGAAGCUUACCUGAGAUCAGACAACGCUGGGUGCUACCAUUGUGGGCAGAUAUGGCUCUCCAUACCAUCAUUGUCAGAGAGAACAGGUAUUACUGUGAAGCGUUAUGACUAUAGUGAAGCACAGAGUGGAAAGAGUUACUGUGAUGCUAAAAUUGCUCAUAUGAGGUCAAAAAUGAGGAUAUUUUCUUCAGAAGGUCACAAUAUAUGUACAGCAACCCAAAUGAAGGAAGCAAUUGAUAGUGGAGCAGGAGUAAAGGGAACUUGCAUUGCUGUUGUUGAUGUUGAUGUCACCAAACAAGAAGUCACGAAACAUUCAUGGAAGGGAGUGAGCUUCAUAUCGAACAUAGAGUUCACAUCAACAGGAAUUAAGACAUGGAGGGCCUACGGAAUUGGAGAGGGGUGCUUUAAGGACACAGAGAGUCUUCAGAAACUAGGACAAACCCAGUCGGCUACCUGUCUGAAAAUCAUCAGCGACUUUAACUAUCCUGAGAACCAUGGUAAAAUUCAUCUCAAGACACCAAAUACAGAUGAUGAAUCAGGAUCACAUGAUCGGUCUGAUAGCAUAUCAAAUGACGAGGAGGAGUGCGAGAACGAACCUACUGGAAUGAACUCUAAAUUGUUCUUUUGUCCUGAAUAUGGAUGUGUGAAGUCAUAUCAGACUUUUGGUAAACUUAAUGAGCAUCUGCUCAUUGGGAAUCAUGUGUUCAAAAAAUUGUCAGAAUCUUCAAGUGAUAAAACAAAGAAACUUUGGGCAGAAACGUGCAACAGUGUGCUGACAACUACUCGUCCUAGAGUUGAACAUGAACCAGAGGCUUCAGACAGUGUGGAUUUGCCAGUUCGAGGAUGGGCUUUGAAGAAAGAAAAAAGAUACAGCAGAUUCUCUCAAAAAGUGAAGGAUUUCUUGACUGAUUUAUUUAAGAAAGGAGAGGAAAGUGGUAGAAAGGAGAAUCCCACAGCUGUUGCAUUAGAGAUGCGGAAUCUGGUGGAAGAUGGAAGGAAGAAGUUUUCACCGUGUGAAUGGCUACAGCCAAGUCAAAUUUCAUCCUUUUUUUCACGACUUGCUGUAAAUUCCAGUCAAGCAAAUGUGAUUUCUGCCGAAAAGCUUGGUUUAGAUGACAGUGACUUGCUGAGUGUUCUAGGUGAACUUCAAAAUGCAGAAGUUUUUCAAAAUAUCACUUGAACCUAGUUCAUACUUGUCAACACAAAUCACAUUUGUUUGAGUCAAGUUUACAUCCUAAAAUAUUUAUAUGGCAUAUCCAUAACAUAGUGUGGUCAAACUUAGUAAUGCCAUGUUGUUGAUUUUUGUUUUGGAUGUUAUUUUCCCUUAGGCUUCUGCUGUGAAUUUUGUACAUCAUCAUUAGAAAAUCCUCCAUUUUAUCUCACCCGAUCUGAAAGCUCUAUUGUGUGUUUCUGAGCAAAUUUUGUUUGGAGUUGAUGGUUUGACCUCUUCUCAAAACCACUGAUGUAGAAUCAAAUUUGGUUAAAUAAGGACCCAUGGAGAUAGGGUGGAGUCUUAAUAGAAAAUAAAACAUACAGGAUAAAAAUCUAAAUGGAAGACAGAUAAGAACUUAGUAUAUAAGUUGUUUCUGAAUGCUAGACUUUUUCUCUUUAAAUUGUUGUUUUAUUCUCUGGUUGAUUGUUAAGGCCCUUAGGCCUCUUGUUUGGGAUUGCAUCAAAAGGUAAAAAUAAACAGCCUUCUAUUAAUUUUGAGGUCAAUGUAAAUGGCAAUUCCUAUAUACCAGUAAUAAUAUAUGUUUACUCAUGACAUCUGUAUUUUUCUAAUCUUUUGUAAUUAAACUUUAUGCAAUAAUGCUAUACAAUUUGCAUAAGAUCUCUAUUAGGCAAAAAGGUCAAUGUCAAAUGUUGCCAUAGCAACCAAUAAUGUCACUUAUUUAUGAUUCAAUACUUUACUUCUGCUCUGUAUAUCAAUCCUUUAUUAAUUUAGUGGAACUAUCAAUUAAUAAAAUAAUUUUGUUAAGGGGAUAGAGGAUUAUAUUCAGAAUGUUUAAUGUUAGAAAUUGUCGAAAUACAUUAAAAACGCUUUUUUUCCCCCAAAGUGUGUUUCAUCAAAAAACUGAAAACGCAGAAUUUUUAUUUGAAAAUUUAUAUAUCCUAAGGUUACAGUUUCUGAAUUCAUCAAUGAAAUUAUACACACUGAUUGCUUUUUCAUGAAUUUCCACUUAAAAGUAAUUAAAAUUUAGGCAUUUUUGAGAAUUGCUCAACUGGGUUAUUUAUAGAUUUCAAGAAUCAGUAUUGCUUAGAAACAUAAAAAAAAAUCAAAACUUGAAUUGUUGAAAUAAAUACAUUUUUUAUUAUAGUUUUUGAAAAUAACAAAAUUUUUUUUAUGAAAUUUGCAGUGAUUGAUGGAUUUUGUGUUGAAAAUACAGUAAAAUUGUAAUUUUCCUGCACAUUUGUUUGUUCUUUCAUCCAAGAAUGAUAUCCAGUUGGUUACCAUAGCAACGAUUAACAAUGAAAAAAAAAGUUAUGUUCAAAGCUCAAUUCUGUGAACAUACAUUACAUAAAAAUGAUCAAAUAUAUUUUUCAUCAUGCACAUGUGCCACCCUCUGCCUGAAUCUUACAUAGAACA